AUGGAACAGUCCGGUGUCUUAACCAAGAUCGUAGCGGGCGGUGUUGCGGGGGUUUCAGAAACGCUCGUUACCUACCCGGCAGAGUUCGUCAAGACGCGCCGCCAGCUGCACUUCACCUCCUCCUCCUCCAACGGCGCGGCGGCGGCGACGGGUGCGACGCCCAACCCGCCCGGCUCGCUGUCCAUCCUCCGCGAUACAGUCGCCCGCUCCGGCGUGAGGGGGGUCUACUCGGGCGUCCAGGCCCUCGCGGCAUCCAAUGCGGCAAAGUCCGGCAUCCGGUUCCUCGCCUUCGAGUCCACGCGCAGCCGACUCGAUGCUCUCGCCGGCCGGACCUCGGUCCCGGAAAACGGCCAUCAACGGCAGCCGCGCGCCGCGUGGGUCAACGUCGUGAGCGGCCUCGCCGCCGGCGUGGCGGAGAGCAUCGCCGUCGUCACGCCCGGCGAGGCCAUCAAGACCAAGAUGAUCCACGACGCGUCCUCGGACGGGGUCGGCGGCGGGCGAUUCGCGGGCCGCGGGCUCCUUGGCGCCGUCGGCAUGCUGGUCCGCGAGGAAGGCCUGCGGGGCCUGUGGCGCGGGCUGACGCCGGUGCUGUGCAAGCAGGGCACCAACAGCGCCGUGCGGUUCACGACGUUCGCAAUGCUCCAGGAGCGCGUCGCCGUGUGGUGGCCCGCGCUGGAUGGGAGCGUGGGCAGUACGCUCGUCUUGGGCGGCAUUAGCGGCGUCUUCACUGUGUAA